AUGUCCCGCAGUGUGUUCAUUACAGCUACCAGCUACCCUAGGGUAAUCUUGGCAGCCACCAUGGUAGAGUCAAUUCGCAUGCUCGCCAGGCAGUAUUUCCAGCUCGUCGACCCACCCCAACUAGCAAUCCCUCCUAACAACAUCCUCAUCCAACCGACCGUCCAGGAAGCCCUAUACGAGCACAUGUUCAACGAAUCCCUCACCCCACUCCCACCAGCACCAUAUCGAGCCCGCGUCCUAAAGCUCCUCCUCAGCCGAAUCGAGGAAGCAAUCACAGACCCAGAAGAAGAUGAAAUUCACGACACAUUAAUGGAAACUUGGGCUUCGCUCCUCACAACCCCCAAACCACCCGCCCUCCAGCAAGCACAACAACUCUCCAAAAUAAAAUACACUGCCCCCUCCCCCGGCAGCGAAAGAACAGUCAUAACCUCCGAAUCUCGCGGCGUAAUCCUCUCCGGCGGCACAACAGGAAACCGAACCUGGGAAGCAGCCCUGCACCUCGGCUCAUUCCUGUCAACACCUCCAGGCGCAGAACUAGUCCGCGGGAAGAGGAUUAUAGAAUUAGGAGCUGGGACGGGAUUCCUUUCACUUUUUUGUGCGAGGCAUCUAGAUGUUAAGAACGUUGUGUGUACGGAUCGGGAGAUGUUUUUGGUUGAGAAUAUGCGGGAGUGUGUACGACUAAACAACUUGGAGGUUGAGGGUGGGGGUAAUCUUAUGGUUCCGACUAUCUGGGAUUGGGGCACGCCUCUCGAUCUCGACAAGACGGAGUUGAGUGAUGAUUCAAGUGGGGAGGGGGAGAUGGAGUUUGAUAUUGCGCUUGGAGCGGAUUUGAUCUACGACGCAGACAUAAUCCCGCUCCUCCUUAGCACAGUCCGCGAUUUAUUCGAGAACUACGCCGUGAAGGAAUUUGUGAUCGCCGCGACGCUGCGGAAUGAGAGGACGUUUCAGACGUUUUUGGAUGGGUGUGAAACAAAUUCGUUCAAUGUCGAGACGCUCACGUUCGAGUCUACGCCGUCCGAGGAACAGACGGGUUUCUUUCAUUCCACUAGUAUUCCGAUUCAUACUUAUAGGAUCACGCAGCGGAUAUGA